AUGAACCGCCUCGUCCUCGCCCUCGCCGCCCUCGCGCCCGCCUCCGCCUUCGUGGCGCCGGCGGCGCAGUCCGCGACCGUCAAGGUCCAGGAGACCAAGGCCGACCUCGAGGCGCUCGCCGUCGAGCUGAACCCGAUCGUGGGCUUCUACGACCCGCUCGGCCUCGCGGACGCCGAGUUCUGGGACACGACGAACGAGGAGACCAUCGGCUUCCUCCGCCAGGCCGAGAUCAAGCACGGCCGCGUCGCCAUGGCCGGCUUCGUCGGCUACUGCCUCCACGCGAACGGCGUCCAGUUCCCGCUCCACAUCCCGGGCGACUACACGACGAAGAACCCCGGCGAGCUCUGGGACCAGGUCCCCACGGAGGGCAAGCUCCAGAUCCUCGGCUUCAUCGCCUUCCUCGAGUUCUUCGGCGAGCUCGGCUCCCGCACGAACGAGGGCGCGCCGCACUACAUGCGCGGCGGCAAGCCCGGCGCGUACCCGUCCUUCAAGAAGUACCUCAACGGCGUCUUCCCCCACCCCGUGCCCCUCGACCUCUUCGACCCGGCGGGCCUCACGAAGAACGCCUCCGAGGAGAAGAAGGCCCGCGGCCGCCUCAUCGAGAUCAACAACGGCCGCCUCGCGAUGAUCGGCCUCUUCGGCUUCCUCGCCGAGUCCAAGGUCGCCGGCUCCGUGCCCCUCCUCUCCUUCAUCCUCCCCUACGACGGCGACUACAUGGCGCCCCUCCAGCCCCUCCACAUCCUCUCCUAGGCGGCGAGCCGCCCUCGACGGCCGCGCGCGGCCGGCGCUCGACGAGGAGCCCCACGCACGGCGCUCUCGGACGGCGCCGGGCCGCGCGGGACCGCUCGCGCAGGACGCUAAUAACAAGGAACAUAGCCUCG